AUGUACAAGCUCAACGCAGUAACUUUGCCUCCUGCCUGUGACUCCUUUGCCGCACUCUGUUCGGGCAAAAGCUGCCUUGUACCUCCUAGUAACUUCAAUGAAGUGCUGAGCCUGGUGUUGAGCAUAGUGCUCACCAUAAUGCUGGCUAUGGUCAUGUUCUCCAUGGGCUGCACUGUGGAUGCCAAAAAGUUGUUGGGCCACAUCAAGAGGCCCUGGGGCAUUGCAAUCGGCUUCCUCUGCCAGUUUGGCAUCAUGCCUUUCACAGCCUUCGCCUUGUCACUGGCCUUCGGCGUUCUACCUGUGCAGGCCGUCGUCAUCAUCAUUAUGGGCUGCUGUCCUGGAGGCUCCGGCUCCAACAUCAUCUGCUACUGGUUGGAUGGAGACAUGGACCUCAGUAUCAGUAUGACUGCCUGUUCCUCUAUCCUGGCCUUGGGGAUGAUGCCUCUGUGUCUGCUCAUUUAUACCUCUGUCUGGACAUCCACCGACACCAUCCAGAUCCCAUACGACAGUAUUGGUAUCACUCUAGUGGCCCUCCUUGUCCCAAUUUCCCUGGGAAUGUAUUUUAAAAGCAAGAAGCCGGAGUUGGCAAAAAAGAUCCUCAAGGUGGGUUCGAUUGCAGGGUUUGGUCUCAUUCUUAUCAUAGCUGUGGUUGGAGGAAUUCUCUACCAGUCUUCCUGGAUCAUUCCUCCCUCCCUCUGGAUCAUCGGUACAAUCUACCCUUUCAUUGGUUUCGGCCUGGGGUUCUUCCUGGCCCGCAUUGCCGGUCAACCCUGGUACAGAUGUCGAACCAUUGCCUUGGAGACAGGUUUCCAGAACUCGCAGCUGUGCAGCACCAUUGUGCAGCUGUCCUUCAGCCCUGCUGAGCUGGAAGUCAUGUUUUCAUUCCCCCUCAUCUAUAGCAUCUUCCAGCUGGUGGUGGCAGUUUUAACUGUGGGAGGCUACCGGCUAUAUAAAAGGAAAUGUGGCGCCGUCCCAGCUGAUUCAGACAGUGAGGCUCCAUCAGUGGACGAUGCAGGUGUUGAACGUGCAAAAGAGAAGAGAUACCCUGUGGAAAACGGUGCCUUCGAGUUUGAUGGGAGCGGCAACAGCAAGGAGAAGAGUAAGGACAUUGACAAGAACACCAAGCUGUGAUAUAACAACCCCUGCAAAUCACAGACUUCAGACUCUCAGUAUGAAUGCCCAGCACUAUCGCUCUCCUGAAGAAUCAACUGUGAACUCACACUGCUCCCUGCAGGCCGGAGCUGUGUACUACCGUUUCAUGAGAACAGGGGUGCCCAAAUUUUCAUCUACCUUAAUUUAUUCAUAUGUGUUUAUAAUUAUUUAAAAGAAGUUUACUCUGUGCAAACUGUCAGAAAGCCUGUUGAGAUUGACCGAAACCACACAGAAAUGCAAACUGAAUGUUUAAUGCUGUUUAUGUGGAAUGGCUCUCUCUAUAUAUACAGAUAGUUUAUGUGCUUUGCACUAAAUGAUGGAAUAUACAAACAAAUACAAUUCAAAUAUGUUUAUGUGACAUUUAUUAUUAAGGUGGAAGUUGUAUCACACAGGCACAUGAGGGAUGUACUUCUGACAACUUAUG